UUUCAAUUUGUUUAAUUAGGGACAAACAAAUGUCCCAAUCCAGUAGAGCUAACAGAAAUAUGAAACUUGUAUCUGAACCAUAGACAAUCAACAAAAAUCUUUAAAAUAAAAACAUCAAAACUCAUAAAUCAACACUAAUGUACUCACUUACCGCUUACCAUGGCCUUGAAUUUAAUUGCCACGUCUCUUCACCCAAAACCCUCUUCUAAUCUUCUUUCUCCUCCUCUCAAACACAAACAUCUCGCCAAACUCUACUCUUCUUCAUGUAAGACUUUUGCUCAGUCGGAAGGAACUGAAGGUGGUGUUACAGAAGAAGAUCCCCCAGCUUCUUUUUCUGGGUCUUUGUCUUCUGCACGCUCACAGCUGGAUCUCUUGGAACAACUCACUUCUACAAGCCCAACGGUUGAAGGAUAUGAGAGUGAUGGUAGUUCUCGGAAACUUACAAUGCGCGCUCAGCUGGCACAGUUAGUUGGGGAUAGAGAUGAUGAUUUCAGUAUUCCAUUGGGGAAAAACUUGAAGAAGUUUAGUGCCAAGUUCUUAACCAUCUCACAGAAGAGAAACAUCAGAAGACAAGCUUACUUGAAUGAAGUUUCUCAGAGGAAUGAUUCAGUUUUCUUUGCCACUAUUGGAGCAUUUGUUAUUCUUCCACCUUUUAUAAUAUUAGGGAUCGCUGUAAUAACUGGUUAUAUACAGCUUUUUCCAUAACACAUGCUUGUUAAUUAUUAUAGAGAAGCCAUGUUAACAUACACCGUAUGAGUUGUAAAGCUUUAGCUAAUAGAAGAUUUUUACCCAAUA